AUGGAGCACUACGAGCGGCUUGGCAAGAUCGGGGAAGGUACGUCGGGGAUCGUCUACAAGGCCCGCGACCGCCGCACCGGCGAGACCGUCGCCAUCAAGCGCCUCCGCGCCGGCGCCGGCAACGGCAACGGCGAGGGCGACGCGUUCGACGAGACGUUCCGCCGCGAGGUGCGCUGCCUCGAGGCGUGCCGCGGCCACCCCUGCCUCGUCGAGCUCCGCGCCGCGCACCGAGACCCCGCCGGCGCGUUCCUCGUCAUGGAGUACGCGGGACGGAGCCUGGCGGAGGCCAUGCGGCUGCAGCAGCAGGACCACCACCGCGCCGAGCCCGAGCGGCGGCCGUUCCCGGAGCCCGAGGCGCGCCGCGUGAUGCGGCGGCUCCUGGAGGGCGUGGCCGCGAUGCACGCGCGCGGACUCCUGCACCGGGACCUCAAGCCCGACAACGUCCUCCUCGACGGCCGCGGGGGCGUCAAGAUCUGCGACUUCGGGCUGUCGCGCGCAGCGGACAACGGUACCGGCGGCGCGCCGUACACGGCGGGGGUGGCGACGCUGUGGUACCGCGCGCCGGAGCUGAUCCUGGGCUCUGCGGACUACGACGCGGGCGUCGACACGUGGGCGCUCGGCUGCAUCAUGGCCGAGCUCCUCGCCGGCGGCGCGCCGCUGUUCCCCGGGAGGUCGGAGAUGGACCAGCUCAACAGGGUGUUCGACACGCUGGGGAUGCAGGACAUGGUGUCCUGGCCGGGCUUCGCGCGCCUGCCACGCGCCGGGUCGCCGCUCUGCCGGCGCGGCAGGCCUCCCAGCAGGCUCCGGGAGCUGUUCCCGGCGCUGUCGGCUGCCGGGUUCGACGUCUUGGCCGGGCUGCUGGCGUGCAGGCCGGACAGGCGCCUCACCACCGCGGACGCGCUCCGGUGCCCGUGGUUCGCCGAUGCUGCCGCGGCGGCGCCUGAGGCCUUGCCUGAUCAGCCGCGCGCUUCGUGCUGCGCCGGCAGCUUCGCGGGCGGUGUCGCUGGUGUUGCCGAGGCAAUCCUAGCGUAG